CUUCCCAUUAGACAGGCUCUGAUUUCCCCUGUUGGGGCCGUAGUCUCUCCAUUGGCUACCCUCUGGACCAUGACGCUGGAAAACAGACCCAUGGAUGAGACGGACAUUGACGUGGAGGGUCAGAGCGACUGUGAAGACGCGGAGUUUUCUGUGUUCAGUGAGAAAUCCGCGUCCUCUGCUGCUGCUGCUGCUGUCCCCAAACAGGACGGUCAGAGCAGGAGAUCCGCCUCUAAGCCUCCGUUCUCUUACAUCGCUCUCAUCACCAUGGCGAUCCUCCAGAGUCCGAAGAAGAGGCUGACCCUCAGUGAGAUCUGUCACUUCAUCCUUCAGCGCUUCGCCUAUUAUCGGGAGAGGUUCCCGGCGUGGCAGAACUCCAUCCGCCACAACCUGUCGUUAAAUGACUGCUUCGUGAAAAUGCCACGGGAGCCCGGGAAUCCUGGCAAGGGGAACUACUGGACGCUGGAUCCCAUGUCGGCCGACAUGUUCGCAAACGGGAGCUUUCUUCGCAGGAGGAAACGUUUCAAGCGGCAGGAGUUGUUUCUGGGAGCGCUCAAGGAGCACAGGGCGCAGGAGCGACGCAGCCCGGCUGCCGGGUCGCCGUUUGGCUCCGGACUCCACUGUCCCGAUUCAAGCCUCCGAGCGGGCUCGGGAGGCCGGGUACGUCUUCAAGUUUGUCCCGGGUUGCCACCUGCGGGCUGCAUGAUCCCAGCGCUCUCCUCGCUCCUCUCCCGGAAUCCUGUGCUCAUGUUUGAACACUGGAACUCAGGAUUCCCAGCAAUAGCUCCAAAUCUCGUCCUUCCUUCCGCCUCGCUGCACGGAUUACCGUCCUAUCCAGCUUCUCAGAUGCCAGUUUUCCCCUUGAAAGUUUCGCCAUGCUUGAUCUAAAAUAUUGCAUUUAUUUGAACUACAAACAUCCAGACGGCAUAACGGUACAUAUGUUUCUCAGUCCAACAGGCCGUGUUUAUAAAAAUAAAUGACUCUCACAUUUAGUGCUGGUUUAAAUAAAUCUGUUUAAUUAUAAACUAAUAGUGUCAGUUUGAAUUAAUUAAACGAUUAUAACUUAUGCUAUUUUUUUCAAUUGUGAAAAAGUCAAGUAUAAAAAUAUUUAAGAAAAACUGAGACAAAAAAAACCCAAUAAAUAACCAAUAAUCAGACAGUAUUCAGGCAUCAGAGAGACGCAUAUUUUCGAUGAAGAAAAGUAAUUUAGGGAAAAACAUGCGACACAUAAUCAUUCAUUACAUUUACGACGGACUAAAGUAACGAUAUAUAGAACUGCUUUUAUAUAAUUUUAGACUACAAGUUGAAUUUAUUUUUGGAUGUUUGUGUCAUGUUUGAAAAAGGCCCAGAUUUAAAUGUAAGAAGUGCUGACUAUCACAGAUGAAAUCAUCGGUAGGUGAUAUCAAAUUUUCAAACGACACUGUAUACUGCAGUUUGAUUGCAAUGUGGAAACAGACUAAUCUGUAACUUGUUCAUUGUAAAAUCAAAAAAUAUACCAAACUGAUAAAUACACGAAAGGCUAUAAGAUUUAAUCAGACUUUAGAGUUAGGGAGACCCGUAUUUUAAUGCCUUUCCCUUAAACUUAAGUAAUGUUUACUAUUCUUGCACAUGAAAUGUGUUUACAUAAAAUAUAGAGGAAAAUAUUAAUAAAAUCAAACCGAAAAACACUUUUUGUUUUAUUUACCCUAGCCUGGUUUAAACCAGCUCCUUGUCCUGUUGCUGUGCUGCAAGCGAGAGUUUAUCCGAGCGGAAUUGUAGAGAAAGGCAAUGUCUAAAAUAUCUAUCUCCUAUUGAUUCUUCUGAAAUAUUUAUACAUUACUGUUUUUGUUUUUUGUUAUCUGAGGCAGAUAUUGAAGGUAGGAUGUGCAAAUUACAUGAGUGUAAGUGGAAGGAUGGACAUCUGCAGCUAAACAUUGUUCCCCUAUCCGUAUCAUUUGCAAAAAAAAAAAAAA